AUGGCAUCAUACCCCUAUUCCCCUCUGCCGCCCAACACGAUCCGGCUGUUGACAAUCCACCCGGGAUCCCCUCACGACCCGGUCUCGUGUGGUCUAGACCACGCUGAUGUUCGCCAGCCUCCCAAAUACGAGGCUCUCAGCUACUGUUGGGGCGACCCCAAGGACACGACCCCGAUCACCUGCGAUGGCAUUCCCUUCAACGUCACCAAAAGCCUGCAUUCUGCUCUCGUCCGGCUGCGGCUGCCAAUUCAGCCACGCAUCGUCUGGGCAGACGCGAUAUGCAUCAACCAGGGCGACACAGCCGAGCGCGGCGCCCAGGUGCUGUUGAUGCAGGACAUCUACCGACGAGCCAGCAUAGUGGACGUCUGGCUAGGCGGUCCCAUUGAGGUAGAUGGCAAGGACCUGUGGGCAAUCCCGCAUCUCCUCGAGGCGGCGCAGAAGAACCUCAAGCGCACCCAGCUGCCCAUCAGGCACGGGACCAGAGACUGGGUGAGAUUCGUGCUGAGCAAUGACUGGACGACGAACGGAGACUUGGAAGAUAAGAGGUGGAAUGCCAUCAUCAAGAGCCUAAUUUUAAUGCUUCAGCGUCCGUGGUUUCUGCGGACGUGGAUCAUCCAGGAGGUUGCGCUGGCGACUCACGCCGUGGUUCUUUGUGGCCAGCACUCGGCGUCGUGGGACGACUUUUAUCGCGCAGUGAGCUAUGCCAUAGAUUUGGAUUACUUUUCAAACACGGCGCCUGAGAUGUACAGCUCGCUGAGAAGCAUUGAGAAAGCCCGGACGGAUAUGGUACAUGGCCAGAUGUUGCGCCCUCUGGACAUGUUCACCAGCUUCCGCAUCUUUCUCGCCACGGACCCGCGAGACAAGGUGUUUGGGAUGUACAGCUUGUUCAGCGAGUCGGAUCUGGCGAGGGUGAGCCUGCAGCCCAACUAUGACAUGAAUGUCGUCGAGGUGUUCACCAGGGCGGCCCUUGACUGCAUUCUUUCUGAGGGCUGCCUCGAUGUUCUUAGCUUCGCGGGUUGCGGCCAGGAAGAAUCUCCAUUACCUUCAUGGGUCCCCGAUUGGACGUACCGCGAGCGGUCUCAACCACUGCUGCCUCGUUUCAUCCUGGGUGGCUUGUUUAAUCAUCAAGGCUGCCCUGCUUCUUGGACAUCGGCCAGCGGUAACAGUUUUCCUGUCGUCGACGUUUCCGAGGAUCUCAAGAUUCUCUCCCUUUCGGGAUGCAUCUUUGACCGAAUCGUUGAGACUGGUGGGGUUCUUGAGAAAGGAUAUUAUGAACACCAGCCAGGCCAUGCCAACCUCGAGAUCGCUUCGCUGAUGAAAGAAGGCUCAGACGUGCUGAUUAAAUGGGAGGAAAUGUGUGGGAUACCGGACGGAAGACCAUACUUCACAGGGGAAACACCUAAGGAAGUGUAUUGGAGAACUCUCUAUGCUGGUUGUUACCCACACGGAACCGAGCAGCUGACAAGAGAAGCAUGGGGAAAAUGGUACAAGCCUCUCCAAGAUGCCGCCGAGCUGACCAGAUAUUCAGAUGAUGGCUGGACGAAGAUAGAGGAGAGCCAGUCGGGAACGCUGUACAAGAUCGCGGCAGGUGCUCACUGGGUGGGCAAGCUAACGUAUAAAGCUGUGAAGAUGUCAUUCACUAUGAGCAAGGAGAGAGAGCAGUCAAGGAUGUCAGGGGUGAACCGCACAGUCAUCCGCACGGAGAGUGGAUAUAUUGGAUUGGCUAUGGGCCAUGUGGAGGAGCAUGACCAUAUUGCCUUGUUGAAAGGAGGCAAGGUGCCAGUGGUGAUUCGUCCAGGAAAUGAUAGGACUUGGACUUUGGUUUCGGAUGCGUAUCUACAUGGGAUCAUGAAUGGCGAGUUGAGCAACAGCUUGGAAUAUGAGAUGUUGAGGUUCUCUUGA